UUGAUCACGACUCAAGACGUUUGUGGACAAAACAAUUAUAUUUUGAGCCGUGUUUUUCUUAAAAUAUUUUAAUAAAUAUAUUAUACUGUCAUGUAUUUGAUUGUCAAGGCUUGAAGCUUUACAAAUAUGGCUAGUCAAGGCGAGAAAACUGCGGGAAAAGACGAAGGGGACGUAAAGUCAACGCCGUCAAAUCUCGAGGUCGCUCCACCAUUGGUUUCUUCUACGAAAGCUGAAGAAACUGGAAAACAUAGGAAGAGAAGAGGACAGUUGAUGCAAAAAGACUCCAGACCAAUACAGCCUUCAGGUCCUGUUCAACCUCGAAGUAAAAGUGUUACCUUGGUUACAAGUGAAACUUUGAAAGAAAGGCAAAAGAUUAUAAAGAACCUGAAAGAAAGAAGAAAAACUGGGAUUGAUGCAAGACAUCAGUUUUUAUUCACAAAGAUUGCUGAUGCGAUUGGUAUUGAUGCUACAACUUGUGAAGAUUUCAUAUUGGGAGAUCAAAAGUUUGAUGACAUUGAGGAGUUUUUCAAAGCUGAUGGCUCCAAAGCAAUUCUUUUUCUCUAUCAAGAAUCAACUAUUAAUCGCCCUGAUCUCAGUGGCCAUGCAGCUAAUUCACCAAAGAAAUUAUUCAUCGCAGAUCGUGCUAAUGAGCAUGUCAAUGGUAUAUGUCUCUUCUUCCUUCGAACCAAUACAAAAGCCAUUAGCACGUCCAAUGUUGGUCAGGAGGUGAAUUUCAUGAUGCUUGAUGCAAGUGAUGGCCGACUUCUAGAAGGUUUUGAAAAACUUCUUGGAAAGAUAAUGGUACCAGCCUUGAGAAAUCAAAAGCAAUGGGGUCAGAUGUCCAACCAACAAUCGUCCAUUCAAGAAUUUCUUGAAAACCUUGAAAAAUUUGUGAACAUUUUAUCUGGAGCAAAGAACAAUAUGGAUGGUCGAGUGAAGCUUGGUGAGCAUGAUCUCAAGGAAUUACUGGAUGGUCUGAACACGCCGACAGACUACCUCACAGCAGCAAAGAGUCCGGAGACAGUUGAUAAACUCGAGGGUCUUGUUGCGUUAUGGGCAAAAGAAAUCGAAUUGGUUUUAGCGAAAAGUGAACAGCUUCGAAAAGAGGCUGAUGAUAUUGGACCAGCUGCUGAACUUGAUCAUUGGAAGCAGAGGAUGGCGAAAUUUAACAGUUUGCUGGAUGAAAUCAAGAGUCGUCACUGCAAGGCAGCGAUCGGUGUUCUUCACGCAGCAAAGUCAAAAAGCCUGAAACACUGGAAGGACCUCGACAGCCGCAUUACCGACGCUGCAAAUGAAGCGAAGGACAACGUGAAAUACUUGUACACACUGGAUAAAUUCUUUGGACCUUUAGUGAAAUGUUCACCGACCGAGAUGAUAGAAUAUGUCCCAAGCUUAAUGAACUCAAUUCGUAUGAUUCAUACGAUAUCUCAGUAUUACAACACGUCAGAAAGAAUGACGUCGUUGUUUGUUAAAGUAACCAAUCAGAUGAUCUCGACGUGCAAAGCUUACAUCAACAAAGACGUGAGCAGAAUUUGGGAUCUACCCAGGGAAACGCUUUCGUCAAGAUUGCAAGAGGCUGUGAAACUAAACGAAGUCUACCAGACAGCUUUCCACAGGACGAAAAAUAAACUGAAAGAAACGAAAAGCGAAAGACAGUUCGAAUUUAGCGAAAACUAUAUUUUUGGAAAAUUUGAUGCAUUUUGCAAGCGACUGGAGAAACUCGAUGACAUGUUGAUCGCGAUGGAAAAUCUUUCUGGACUUCAGAAAAUAAAGAUUGAGGGAAUUGAAACUAUCGUGAUCAGAUAUCAAACGAUGGUCGCCACAGUCAAAAAGAAGACAUAUGAUCUCUUGGAUCAUCGCAAAGGAGAGUUCGACACGGACUACGAGGAAUUCAAGCAGAGUGUGGAGGCUUUGAAAGAACAACUUCAACUCUUUGUUGAUACAUGGUUUGAAAAGUCUUUAUCGACAACGCGUGCACUGGAGUUGUUAGGUAAAUUUGAAAACAUAAAAGGAGUGAAACUGUACCUCGAUGAUAAAUACGAUAAAGUUUUGAUGCAAUACAGAAAGGAUCUGGACACAUGUCGUAAGAUUUAUCAAAAGUUCAAGCACGAUCCUCCCGUACAGCGAAAUCUUCCCCCAGUUGCAGGGAAGAUCACAUGGUCCAGACAGUUAUUCCGUCGUAUUCAUGAACCAAUGAAAGUAUUUCGUCGUUAUCCUGACGUUCUCAAGGGUGAUGAAGCCAAGAGAAUCGUGAGAAACUUUAAUAAGAUGGCCUCCGUUUUAGUGGAGUUUGAGGUGCUCUAUCAUCGUGGUUGGAUGCAGGCGGUUGAACUGGCUCGCAGUGGAAUGCAGGCCUCGUUGUUAGUCAUACACCCAGAAACGAAGAAACUCUUCGUGAAUUUCGAUCCGCAAAUUCUGGAGUUGAUUCGUGAAUGUCGAUGUAUGCGUCGCUUAGGACUUGAGAUUCCAGAAAGUGCUCGAGUACUCUGGAUGAGAGAGAAUGCCAUCAAGUCCGCCUACAACAGAUUGGUUGAACUGCUGCAAGAAUACAGCAAAGUUGUUGGCGACAUUCCCGAGAUUGUGUUGCCGCUGAUGAAACCAUUUAUUAACAAAGUUGAAGAUACCAUCAAGCCAGGUCUCACCAUGCUCAGCUGGACAUCCAUGAACAUAGAAGGCUUUAUUGAUAACAUUCAGAAUUCUCUUGGUGGUUUAAAACGUUUGUCAAAGGAGGUAACAGACAUUCUGGAUUGUCGUAUCGAAGCUGUCUUGGAAGACAUCAGUUCAGCAUGUCUGUGUGAACUGCCUGAAGAUGACUCCAUCACAGUGGAGGAGUUUCUCAAGCGAACUGAAGAUACUUGUUCGGCUGUCAUCGUUGCUCUUUCCAGGCAAAGUCGUCUGGUGGAGUCAGCUGUGGACCUGCUGCUAGCAACGCUGAAAGGUCGUCUCAAUGCUCAGGAUCUCGUAGGUCUUGAGGACGAGGUCUAUCGCUGUCUCAUUCCCGAGGCGAAACAAGUGAAAGGCAGCAAGGGCAGCCGAUGCUGGGAGUGUAUGCCGUGUUGCUAUUGGAAUCUUGUUGUCUUCUUUAAUCAAAAAACGAUCGAUGCAAUCGUGAAAUGUACGAGAAUCUCGCUGGACUUUAUCAAACGUUAUGUGCAGUCGUCAAGUAAAUAUAUGAGCGAUCUUUCUCACGAACAUGCCAAGCUACCGUUGUUCAAGGCUGAGAUAAUCUUAGCUAUUCCAGCUGUUCAGAUGAGACCCAGUGUUGAUGAUAUACAACAUGCACUCAAUAAAGCCGUUCAGAUUAUGUUGAAGACAACACAGCGAGUGUACCAAUGGGAGAAACAUGACAUCAUACAUCAACCUCCAGCGCCUGUGGUCGAGGAAGGCAAACCCAUUCCUCCUGUUGUCAUUAAAUCCUUGUAUAGACUCGUCUCGGAGCAUAAAGAUGUCGUGAAAGUCGUCAUUGUGCUCAAUUCAAUAAUCAGUUCAUUCAAAAUGGACGCGAAACAGGUUCUGAGUGGCAUGGCGCAGUUUGAAGAGCUUUGGAAUCAAGAUCCUAAUACGAAAGUUCAAGAAUUCAUGGAUUCAACCCCGUUGUUGUCUGACUUUGAGACGCAAAUACGAUACUAUCAGGAGCUUGAGAUGGCAGUGGAGGAACUACCAGCGAGUUAUUCCGUUGGUUCGAUAAUCUAUUCCACAGAACCCUUGAAGCGAGCUCUCGUGACUGAGACGAAGGCGUGGAAACAAGCGUUUGGUAAAGCCCUCGCGAACAAGGCCAGUGCAGACAUGGAAGAAAUAUUCACGUUCUUUGAUAACAUGUGCAAGAGAUUAUCAAGACCAAUCAAAGACUUGGACGAUGUGAGAAAUACUAUGGCUGCUUUACGGGAAGUUCGUGAAUCAGAGAUCAAGAUUGAUAUGACCAUCGGUCCAAUCGAGGAAUCCUUUGCUUUGCUCAAUAAAUAUGGCUUGCACUACUCAAGUCAUGACUCAGAAAGAGUUGAUAGUUUAACAUACUCCUGGAAGAAAGUUAAUUCUCAGGCGUCCUCUGUACAGACACAUUUACUUGAAAUCGAACCGGAAUAUAAGACGAAUCUUUUGAACGCUGUCGAAGUGUACAAAGACACGAUGGUGACGUUUGUCGGUGACUACGACGAGAAAGGACCGAUGGUGGUGGGAACAGCACCAAGCGAAGCCAGUGAUCGGCUGCAGAUCUUCCAGGCACGUUUUGACGAGCUCUGGAGGAAAUAUCAAACAUACUCUGGUGGUGAGGAACUGUUUGGUUUGCCUGUCACGGAAUACGAUGAACUGCAAAGAAUUCGUCGUGAACUUGGCUUGCUUCAAAAGUUAUACAGUUUGUAUAAUUCUGUGAUCGAAAACGUGAAUGGAUAUCAAGAUAUCCUGUGGUCUGAGAUCGACGUGGAGAAGAUCAACGGUGAACUACUGGAGUAUCAGAACAGGAUCCGUAAGUUGCCAAAGGCACUGAAAGAGUGGCAAGCGUUUCUGGACUUGAAGAAAACCAUCGAUGAUUUCAGCGAGUCUUGUCCUCUGUUAGAAAUGAUGGCACACAAAGCUAUGAAAGCCCGUCAUUGGGAACGUAUUUCGAACGUAACAAAAACUCCGCUGGACGUGGAGUCUGAGACUUUCUCUUUAAGAAGUCUUAUGAGCGCACCAUUGCUAGAAAACAAAGAAGAUAUCGAGGACAUUUGCAUCGCUGCUGUGAAAGAGAAAGAUAUUGAGGCGAAGUUGAAGGGUGUUGUGGCCGAUUGGAAUACACAAAUCUUUUCCUUUGGUACGUUCAAGAACCGUGGAGAGUUCCUACUGAAGGGAGGAGAAACAUCGGAGAUUGUGUCACUCAUGGAGGACAGUUUGAUGAUAUUAGGAUCAUUAAUGAGCAAUAGGUACAACGCCCCGUUCAAGGCUGAGAUUCAGAAGUGGGUGGCGAAGCUGACCGGUUCGACAGAAAUCAUUGAAAACUGGCUUGUUGUGCAGAAUCUCUGGGUCUACCUCGAGGCUGUGUUCGUUGGUGGUGAUAUCGCCAAGCAACUGCCCCAGGAGGCGAAGCGCUUCUCUCAGAUCGACAAAUCCUGGGUGAAGAUCAUGCAGCGAGCUCACGAGACUCCGAAUGUUGUUCAAUGUUGUGUCGGAGACGAUACGCUGGGACAACUUCUGCCUCACUUGUUGGAACAACUUGAAAUGUGUCAGAAAUCAUUGAGCGGUUAUUUGGAGAAGAAGCGUCUUUUGUUUCCGCGAUUCUUCUUCGUCUCUGAUCCGGCGUUGCUGGAGAUUCUUGGCCAGGCUAGUGAUUCUCACACCAUCCAGGCGCAUUUGUUGAGCGUCUUUGACAACCUGAAGACGGUCACGUUUGAUGAGAAGGAUUACGAUAAGAUCUUAGCCAUCAAUUCGUCUGAAGGAGAGCAAAUUCAGCUGGAGAAACCGAUCAUGGCGCAGGGUAAUGUCGAACAAUGGCUGUUGAAUUUGUUAAAUGCCGCACAGGGUGCCUUACACGCUGUCAUUAAAAUGGCAUCAGUUGCUAUCAAAGAUCCUGUGUUUAAACUUCUCGAGUUUAUGGACACUUUUCCCGCUCAGGUUGGUCUUCUCGGGAUUCAAAUGAUCUGGACAAGAGAUUCUGAGGACGCUUUGUCAAAUGCAAAAUCAGACAAAAAGAUCAUGGCGCAAAGAAACACGUAUUUUCUGGAUAUGUUGAACGAGUUGAUUGACGUGACGACACGAGAGCUUACGAAGAUGGAGCGAACAAGAUACGAGACCCUUGUCACCAUUCAUGUUCACCAGAGAGACAUCUUUGAUGAACUGGUGAAAAAGAAUAUCAAAUCUCCGACGGAUUUCGAAUGGUUAAAACAGUCCAGAUUCUACUUCAAAGAAGAUACAGAUCAGUGUAUAGUGUCGAUCACAGACGUUGAUUUCAUUUACCAGAACGAGUUUCUUGGUUGCACAGAUCGUUUGGUGAUCACACCUCUCACUGAUCGGUGUUACAUCACCUUGUCUCAAGCUCUGGGCAUGUCAAUGGGUGGAGCACCCGCUGGCCCAGCAGGCACAGGAAAAACAGAGACAACCAAGGAUAUGGGUAAAGCUUUGGGCAAAUAUGUCGUCGUUUUCAACUGCUCUGAUCAAAUGGACUACCGAGGUCUUGGCAGGAUUUACAAAGGUUUGGCUCAGUCAGGAAGUUGGGGAUGCUUCGAUGAAUUUAAUCGUAUCGAGCUGCCUGUGUUGUCCGUGGCCGCUCAACAGAUCUAUAUUGUAUUGACUGCGAAAAAAGAAAGAAAAUCACAGUUUAUAUUCACGGAUGGAGAUGUUGUCGACUUGGAUCCUGAGUUUGGCAUCUUUUUAACCAUGAACCCAGGUUAUGCUGGCAGACAAGAACUACCAGAAAAUCUGAAGAUCCAGUUUCGUACCGUGGCGAUGAUGGUGCCAGAUAGACAGAUCAUUAUGAGAGUUAAACUGGCUUCAUGCGGUUUUCAACAGAAUGUGAACCUCGCCAGGAAAUUCUAUACUUUGUACAAGCUCUGCGAGGAACAACUCACAAAACAGGUCCAUUACGAUUUUGGAUUGAGGAACAUUUUGUCUGUACUACGAACAUUGGGCGCAUCAAAACGAGCCAAUCCUGAGGAUGGUGAAGAUAAGAUUGUGAUGAGAGUCUUACGUGAUAUGAACCUCAGUAAACUGGUUGAUGAAGACGAGCCUUUAUUCCUGAGUCUGAUCGAUGAUCUUUUCCCUGGACUGACGCUACAGAAAGCUGGAUAUCCUGACAUUGAACAGGCCAUUGCUGAGGCCGUCGAGGAGGCAAAGCUUGUUAAUCAUGCUCCUUGGGUGUUGAAACUUAUCCAGCUGUACGAAACACAGCGGGUACGUCAUGGUAUGAUGACUCUGGGGCCCAGCGGUGCUGGGAAAACCAAAUGCAUCAACAUCCUGAUGAAGGCCAUGACACAAUGUGGAGCUCCGCAUAAGGAAUUUCGCAUGAACCCUAAGGCCAUCACAGCGCCUCAGAUGUUUGGUCGGUUGGACGUUUCUACAAACGAUUGGACAGACGGGAUAUUCUCCACUCUUUGGAGGAAAACUCUUCGUGCUAAAAAGGGUGAUCACAUCUGGAUUGUGCUUGAUGGUCCAGUCGAUGCUAUCUGGAUUGAAAACUUGAACAGUGUUCUUGACGAUAACAAGACAUUGACUCUGGCUAAUGGUGAUCGAAUACCCAUGGCUCCUUUGUGCAAGGUCGUGUUUGAACCUCACAACAUUGAUAAUGCUUCGCCAGCCACUGUAUCAAGGAACGGUAUGGUUUACAUGAGCUCCUCAAUCCUGCAUUGGCAACCAAUUCUUCAAGGAUGGCUCAACACUCGUUCACCUGUCGAAGCGGAUGUUUUAAUGCCACUUUUUGAGAAAGUAUUCUCAGAUCUUAGAAUUUAUGUUGAGCAAAAUCUCGUGCCAAAGAUGGAUUUACUGGAGUGUAACCAUGUUAUGCAAGCGAUCAACCUGCUGCAAGGUCUCAUUCCUGCCGAGGACUCUCCCAAGCAAGCAGACGCGGCAUUCCUUGAGAAACUCUUCGUCUUCUCGUUGAUGUGGAGUAUUGGAGCGUCUCUGGAGCUGGCAGACAGAAAGAAGAUGGAGGAAUGGUUACUCGAGAAUGCUAAAGAUCUAAAAUUACCUCCUGUGCGGGAUGAAGAAACCAUCUUUGAAUAUCUCGUAAACGAACAAGGAGAGUGGGAACAUUGGUUUAACAGAGUUGAAGAAUAUCAGUAUUCCAAAGACGUUGUCCCAGAGUACGCGUCUAUUCUUGUGCCAAACGUGGACAACGUUCGAACAGACUUUCUUAUCCAUACCAUCGCCAAACAAGGAAAGGCUGUGUUGUUGAUUGGUGAACAAGGAACAGCCAAGACGGUCAUGAUUCAAGGAAGUUGUAAUAAAUAUGAUGCUGAAGUACAUCUUGCUAAAUCCAUGAACUUUUCAUCAGCCACAUCACCCAACAUGUUCCAGCGUACGAUAGAGAGUUACGUUGACAAGCGAAUGGGUACGACUUACGGUCCACCAGCUGGCAAGAAGAUGACUGUUUUCAUCGAUGAUAUAAAUAUGCCAAUUAUCAACGAGUGGGGUGAUCAGAUCACCAACGAGAUCGUUCGUCAGCUCAUGGAGAUGAGCGGUUUCUACAAUCUUGAUAAACCCGGAGACUUCACGAACAUUGUGGAUAUUCAAUACAUCGCUGCAAUGAUUCAACCAGGCGGUGGAAGAAAUGACAUCCCGAGCAGAUUGAAGAGACAGUUUACUGUGUUCAACUGCACGUUACCCUCGGAUGCUUCCAUUGAUAAGAUCUUCACAACUAUCGGCGAAGGAUACUUCUGCGAGGAGCGUGGAUUCAGCACAGAGAUACGUAGUAUGGUAACGAGAUUAGUUUCGUUAACUCGCAAACUUUGGCAACGAACCAAGAUCAAAAUGCUGCCAACGCCAGCCAAGUUUCACUACAUCUUCAAUUUGAGAGAUCUCAGCAGAAUUUGGCAGGGUAUACUCAACAUGACAUCUGAGGUGCUGGUGGAGACAAGCAUUCUUCUAAAUCUCUGGAAACACGAGUGCAAGCGAGUAAUUGCCGAUCGCUUUACGAACAAAACCGAUAAAGAUUGGUUUGAGAAGGCAGUACGUACCCUCAUAGAGGAAGAUAUCGGAGCAGAGAUGGUGGAAGUUAUUCAGGAGGAUCAGUAUUUUGUUGAUUUCAUGAGAGAUGCUCCAGAGAUCACAGGCGACGAGCCCGAAGACGCUGAUAUCGAGGCCCCGAAGGUUUAUGAAUCCAUUGGAACUUUUGAGAAUCUCAACGAAAGAUUGAAGAUGUUUAUGGCGAGUUACAACGAGGCUAUUCGUGGCGGACGUUUAGAUCUUGUCUUCUUCAGGGAUGCGAUGGUUCAUUUGGUGAAGAUCUCGCGUAUCAUCCGCACUCCGCGUGGUAAUGCUUUGUUAGUCGGUGUCGGAGGCUCUGGCAAGCAGAGUUUGACACGUCUGGCUUCAUUUAUCGCUGGUUAUAAAACGUUCCAAAUCACACUGUCAAGAUCGUACAACACUAGUAACCUGAUGGACGAUUUAAAGAUUCUCUAUCGCACGGCUGGUCAGCAGGGUUGUGGAAUCACGUUCAUCUUCACUGAUAACGAGAUUAAAGAUGAAGGAUUCCUUGAGUACAUGAACAAUGUCAUCGCUUCAGGAGAGGUUUCGAAUUUGUUCGCUCGAGACGAGAUUGAUGAGAUAACGCAAGAUCUGAUCGGUGCAAUGAAGAAAGAGUUUCCACGAAGACCACCAACCAACGAGAAUCUUUAUGAUUAUUUCAUCUCACGUGUACGCAAUAACUUACAUGUCGUUCUCUGCUUCUCACCGGUUGGUGAAAAGUUCCGAAAUCGUUCACUCAAAUUCCCUGGAUUAUUCAGCGGCUGCACGAUGGAUUGGUUCAGCAGCUGGCCAGCGGAUGCUUUGAUUGCUGUCGCACACCACUUUUUAGCCUCGUUUGAGAUCGCGUGUUCCGCAGAGAUCAAGCAGGCCGUUGUCAACACCAUGGGCUUGUUCCAGGAUAAAGUGGCGGACACGUGCGUCGAAUAUUUCGAACGUUUUCGUCGUCAAAUGCACGUGACACCGAAGUCUUACCUCUCAUUCAUUGCUGGUUACAAAGAGAUUUACAAAGAAAAACACACAGCUAUUGGUGUGCUUGCAGACCGCAUGAAUACCGGGCUUAAUAAACUGGUAGAAGCGACAGAAUCAGUAGCGAAACUAUCGCAGGAACUUGUUGUGAAAGAGAAGGAAUUGGCAGUCGCUUCAGUCAAGGCUGAUAAGGUUCUUCAAGAAGUGACCGUAAGUGCCCAGGCUGCAGAGAAAGUCAAGUCUCAAGUGCAGAAAGUCAAGGAUAAGGCACAAGCCAUUGUCGACGAGAUUGCUGUGGAUAAAGGUUUCGCUGAGGAGAAACUGGAAGCAGCGAAGCCCGCGUUAGCCGAAGCAGAGGCGGCGUUACAGACGAUUAAACCAGCACAUAUUGCUACAGUGCGUAAGCUAGCGAAGCCACCGCAUCUGAUCAUGCGUAUCAUGGACUGUGUGUUGCUGCUGUUUGGUAAACGAGUGGAUCCCGUCACCGCGGACCCUGAACGACCGUGUGUGAAACCGUCUUGGAGUGAAUCAUUGAAGUUGAUGAGUCAGGGUGGUUUUCUACAGACAUUGCUGACAUUUCCCAAGGAUAUGAUAAACGAGGAGACAGUUGAGCUGUUAGCGCCAUACUUAGAGAUGGAGGACUACACACUGGAGAGCGCGAAGAAAGUUUGCGGUGAUGUUGCUGGUCUCGCCUCCUGGACUAAAGCUAUGGCAUUCUUCUACGGAGUCAACAAAGAAGUCUUGCCACUCAAGGCCAAUCUUGCUAUACAAGAGGUGAGGUUGAACAAGGCCACGUCUGAACUCAAUGAAGCACAGGAACAACUGGACGAGAAGCAACGUGAACUCGACGCAGUUCAAGCGAAGUUCGAUGAAGCGAUGAGAGAGAAGCAAAUGUUGAUCGACGACGCCGAGGCUUGUCGUCGUAAGAUGGCGAACGCUACUGCUCUCAUUGAAGGUCUUGGCGGGGAGAAAGUACGAUGGACCGAGCAAAGUAGAAAGUUUGCAGAACAGAUAAGAAGGCUGGUUGGAGAUGUUUUGCUGGCAACAGGAUUCCUUUCCUAUUCCGGACCUUUCAACCAGGAAUUCAGAAAUCUUCUUCUCUCCAACUGGAAACAAAUGAUGCAGAAGAACAAGAUUCCUUUCUCUGAGGAUUUGAACCUGACCGAGAUGUUGACAGACUCUGCGACGAUCGGGGAAUGGAACUUACAGGGCCUUCCGAACGAUGAACUGUCUAUACAAAAUGGCAUCAUUGUUACUAAGGCAACACGAUUUCCGCUUCUCAUUGACCCACAAGGCCAAGGCAAGGCUUGGAUUAAGAACAAGGAAAGCGCUGGAGACCUUCAGGUGACAUCUUUAAAUAACAAGUACUUCAGAAAUCAUUUGGAUGACGCUUUGUCUCUUGGAAGACCUUUGCUUCUUGAAGACGUUGGCGAAGAAUUGGAUCCUGUCUUGGACAAUAUUCUGGAGAAGAACUUUAUAAAAAGCGGUUCCACCCUCAAGGUCAAAGUUGGAGAUAAAGAGGUGGACGUGAUGGAAGGUUUCGUCUUGUAUAUCACAACAAAACUUGGUAAUCCAGCUUAUACACCAGAGAUCAGUGCGAAAACAUCUAUUAUUGACUUCACUGUGACUAUGAAAGGUCUCGAGGAUCAGCUUCUGGGGCGUGUAAUCCUUACUGAGAAACAGGAACUGGAAGCUGAACGCACAAAGUUAAUGGAAGAGGUGACAUCAAACAAACGUAAAAUGAAAGAUCUGGAGGAUAACUUACUGUAUCGUUUGACCAGUACACAGGGCUCGUUGGUCGAUGAUGAUUCUCUUAUUAGCGUCUUGGGCGUCACCAAAACAACCUCGGAAGAAGUCAGCGAGAAAUUGAUCGUCGCUGCUGAGACUGAAGUUAAGAUUAACACAGCAAGAGAAGAAUACAGACCUGUGGCUUCACGUGGUAGUAUAUUAUAUUUCUUGAUCGUUGAAAUGUCGUAUGUCAACAUCAUGUAUCAGACAUCAUUGAAGCAGUUCUUGGGAUUGUUCGAUAUAUCUAUGGCUCGAUCGCAGAAAUCACCCAUUCCUGCCAAGAGAAUUCAAAAUAUCAUCGAUUAUCUCACAUUUGAAGUAUUCAGAUAUACAACCCGAGGUCUGUAUGAAAGUCACAAGUUUCUAUUCACUUUGCUAUUGGCGUUGAAGAUCGAGCUACAAGAUCGUAAGAUUAAGCAAGACGAAUUCCAAGUAUUGAUCAAAGGCGGAGCGGCUCUGGAUUUGAAUGCUGUCGAGCCGAAGCCAAAGAAAUGGAUUUCGGACAUGACCUGGUUGAACUUGGUCCAACUCAGCAAAUUACAGCAGUUCUCGCAGAUUCUUGGUCAGAUUACACGUAACGACAAGAGCUGGAAGACGUGGUUUGACUCGGAUACACCCGAAGACAGUCCCAUUCCCGACGGUUACGAGGAAUCAUUAGAUACGUUCAGAAAGUUGUUGUUGAUCCGUUCCUGGUGUCCUGACCGAACUGUGAGUCAGGCGAGACGAUAUAUUGGCGAUUCUAUUGGAACUCGGUUUGCAGAGGGUGUUAUCCUUAAUUUGGAAGCGAUGUGGGAAGAGAGUGAUCCACGAACCCCAAUGGUGUGUUUGCUGUCCAUGGGCUCCGAUCCAACGGCAUCAAUUGAGCUGCUGUCUAAAAAGAAUCGAUUAGAAUGUCGUGCAAUCUCCAUGGGACAAGGACAAGAGGUGCAUGCUCGUCGCUUGCUUCAACAGUUCAUGGCUGAAGGUGGCUGGGUUUUAUUGCAAAACUGUCAUUUGGGCUUGAAUUUCCUCGACGAACUACUCGAUACCGUGCUGACAACGGAGACAGUUAAUGCCAACUUCCGUUUAUGGAUCACAACAGAGGAACAUCCGAAGUUUCCUAUCAACUUUCUUCAAUCCUCCAUAAAGUUUACGAAUGAGCCGCCAGAAGGCAUCAAAGCAGGCCUGAAGAGAACGUAUGCUGGUGUAACUCAGGAUCAACUAGACGUGACAAAUAUGGUGCAGUGGAAACCAAUGUUAUAUGCAGCUGCGUUCCUACAUACAGUCGUGCAAGAAAGGCGGAAAUUCGGUCCACUGGGAUGGAACAUUCCAUAUGAGUUCAACUCUGCUGAUCUUGGUGCUACCGUGCAGUUUAUACAAAACCAUUUGGACGAUCUUGAUGCCAAAAAGGGUGUUUCAUGGUUAACCGUGCACUACAUGAUUGGUGAGGUUCAAUAUGGAGGUCGUGUCACCGACGAUUUCGAUAAACGCUUGCUGAAUACGUACGCUCACGUCUGGUUCACGGACGCCCUCUUUCAAGAUUCCUUCAAGUUCUACAAUGGCUACACGAUUCCUAGAUGUACGCAGAUUGCAGAUUUCCGUUCGGCGAUUGAAGAACUUCCCUUGACUGACACGCCAGAGGUAUUUGGCCUGCAUCCUAACGCGGACAUAACGUAUCAAGCUAAGACAACCACGGACGUGUUGGAAACUAUUGUGAAUAUUCAGCCUAAGGAUAGCGGUGGAGGAGGCGGAGAAACACGUGAAACAGUCGUGUUCAGACAGGCUUCUGAAAUGCUGGAUAAGUUACCAGACAACUAUGUACCUCAUGAGGUCAAAGCUCGCCUUCAAAAGAUGGGUGCACUCACAUCAAUGAACAUCUUCUUGCGUCAAGAGGUGGAUCGCAUGCAACGCGUCAUUACGACCGUACGAACCACGCUGGUUGAUCUUAAACUUGCAAUUGAUGGUACUAUUAUUAUGAGUGAGAACCUAAAAGAUGCGCUUGAUAACAUAUAUGACGCAAGAGUUCCAGCACUUUGGAAAAAGAUAUCCUGGGAGUCCACAACACUUGGCUUUUGGUUUACGGAUUUGAUCGAAAGGAAUAACCAGUUCUCCACGUGGCUUUUUGAUGGUAGACCAAUAUGUUUCUGGAUGACAGGAUUCUUCAAUCCUCAGGGUUUUCUCACGGCAAUGCGACAAGAAAUCACGAGAGCUCACAAGGGUUGGGCUCUCGACUGCGUUGUCCUUAGCAACGACGUUACUAAGUACAUGAAGGAAGAUCUGACGUCAGCACCAGCUGAGGGUGUCUACGUGUACGGUUUGUUUCUAGAUGGUGCAGGCUGGGACAGACGCAACUGUCGACUUGUUGAACCUCCUCCAAAAGUGCUCUUUUCAAAUCUACCCGUGGUUCAUAUCUACGCAGUGAAUACGACCUCUGCCAAAGAUCCCCGUCUGUAUGAAUGCCCUGUAUAUAAAAAACCACGGCGUACUGACUUGACUUACAUAUUUUGCCUGAAUCUCAAAACGAUGCAGCAUCCUGAUCACUGGAUUCUUCGUGGUGUUGCAUUGUUGUGUGAUACGAAGUAGUUUUGUUUGAUUUCUGCAUGCCAAAGAUGUUUGUUUCAAAUGUGUUUUCCAACCCUUUUGUAAAUAUUACAAAUGUUGUAUUAAUGUAUUAUGUAAAUAUUAUAAGUAUUGUAUUAUGAAAUUUAUUAUUAUAACCUAAAGCAAGGAUUCAAUAAA